CCAUGCUGUCGCGGGGGUUGGUGAGGCGGACGCUCCGCGGAGCACUGCGGAUGGGCGGGCAGCCUCCGGUCCGCGGCCUCCGCGCCUCUCCGCGGGCGCGGUCCGCCAUGCCCUCCUGGGUCAUAGACCGGUAUGGCCGCAACGACGUGCUGCGAUUCACCAAGGACAUGAUGUUUCCCAUCAUAGACUUCCCGAACGAGGUCAUCAUUAAGGUUCACGCUGCGAGCCUGAACCCCAUCGAUCUUAGUAUGAGAAGUGGUUACGGUGCAGCCGCCUUGAACAUGAAGCGAGAUCCCCUGAAGCUCAAGAGUGCAGAGGCUGAAUUUCCACUCACCCUUGGGCGAGAUGUCUCUGGUGUCAUCAUGGAAUGUGGACUGAGUGUGUCUUACUUCAAACCUGGAGAUGAGGUGUGGGCAGCAAUUCCUCCAUGGAAGCAGGGCACUCUGUCAGAGUUUGUGGUAGCUAGUGGAAAUGAGGUGUCUUUUAAGCCGAGGUGUCUCACUCACAUAGAAGCUGCCUCCUUACCAUACGUUGGCCUCACAGCAUGGUCUGCAGUGAAGCAAGUUGGAGGGCUGAACCAAAGUAAUUGUAGUGGGAAAAGAAUAUUAAUAUUGGGAGCUUCAGGAGGAGUUGGUACAUUUGCUGUACAGCUAGUGAAGGCCUGGGGUGCUCAUGUGACAGCAGUUUGUUCUCAUGAUGCCAGCACACUGGUGAAAAAGCUUGGAGCAGAUGAUGUGAUUGAUUACAAAGCUGGAAAUCUGGAAGAGCAGCUGAAAGCCUUGCCCUUAUUUGAUUUCAUCCUUGAUAAUGUUGGUGGGUCCACUGAGAAGUGGGCUCUGGAUCUCCUGAAGAAAUGGUCAGGAGCAACCUAUGUUACCUUGGUGACACCUUUCCUGAUCAACAUGGACAAACUUGGGGUGGCUGAUGGCAUGUUGCAAACAGGAGUCACUGUUGGUUCCAAAACUCUGAAGCACCUCUUGAAAGGAGUCCAUUACCGGUGGGCGUUUUUUGCACCCAGCGGGCCAAGCUUGGAUGAAAUAGCACAACUGGUUGAGGCUGGAAAGAUUCAACCAGUUAUUGAUGAAGUCUUCACUUUUUCUGAAGUUCCAAAGGCCUUUCAGAAGCUGGAAGGAGGCCAUGCACGUGGGAAAACGGUGAUCAAUGUCAUUAGUAAGAAAUAAAAGCCUCUCUAACCUUUCUCCUGCACACUGCCCCUCCUUACUGGCACACUCCACUGGAACCUGGCCACUCCUUCACCUUUCAAAGCUCACAGAGGAUGCAUACUUUUUUCAAGGCUUGUUUUAGGAAAGCCUCUUGGAUUCUUUCACACUCUGCCUGUCACUGUUGAUACAGACAAGAAAUCCUGCUGGCCCUUAGGUGACAACAUUCAGACUGCAGUGGUGGCUUUUGCAGAGCACCCUCACCCUUGGGUAAGAGGAGCAGCCAGAUCCCCUGUCAGGAGCUGCUAUUUUCCAGCUAUUUUGGCUGAGUCCUGAAAAGGUGAGCACACUUUAAUUGUCCACUG